AUGGCAAGUCGUGACUUCUACUGGCCCCGCCAGUAUGCGUUUGUGCGCAAAUACAUUCGCUCUUGCAAAGUUUGCCAACGGGUGAAGCCUGGUCCCUCAUUCCGUGCCCCCUUUCAGCCUCUACCGAUUCCGGCAGAGUGUUGGCAGUCCGUAUCGAUGGACUUCGUCUUUGGGAAACUCAAAGACGCUUACAAGAAUACUGCCAUUGCUGUGUUCGUUAAUCGGUUCAGCAAGAUGGGACUUUCUCGCUUCACAGCGGAGUUCUGGCAAUCCGUGUUCCGUUCACUAGGAACACGUUUGAAUAUGUCGACUUCUGACCAUCCAGAAACAGAUGGUCAGACGGAACGCGUCAACCGCGUCCUAGAAGAGAUACUUCGAGCGUAUGUCCAGUCGUUUACGAGCUGGAGCGAGUUCUUGCCGAUGGCGGAAUUCGCCAUGAACAACUCGGUGCACGCGUAG